AUGAACCCGCAAUGUUCUAAAUGUAAAGCAGCAAUAAGAAAAUAUAACUACUCAGUCAAAGAGAUAGAAAGAAUGAGAAACGACUAUGCAGAUUUAAAGAAAGAAGCAGAGAAGCCGGUAGAAGAUAAAAUGGACAUGUUAGCAUUUCUGAACAAAAACUAUCCAACUGCUGACGAUUUCCUUCUAUCUGACGUCAAGAAGAAGUAUAAAGAAACUUUCGGCAUUGUUAAAACAUUCAAUGUACUAAAAGAAGAAAUAGAAGCUACGAAACUGUUUAGGAUUUCAAAUAUACAUCGUACAAUUCAUGUAAAACGCUUGUGA